GGGAACAGAGGUAUUUUCAUCGCUCUCUCUCUUCAAGGGGUUGAAAGCAAAGCAGGAACAAAGACAACUUCCAUCUGUUUCCUCAUCCCUCAAAACGCCUCUCGAAUCCCCCGCCCCACCCUUUCUUUGAUUUCUCCUGUAACUUCGAAAAUCUCCACGAAAGCCGAUUCUUUCCUCACACCCAUCUUUUCAAAAUCGCAUUUUCUUCAAUACCCAUCUGCUCAAAAUCACAUUUCCUUCAAUACCCAUCUGCUCAAAAUCGCAUUCAUUCGAAUACCAAUCUCCUCUCAAUCUCAUUCCUUCAAUACCGAUCUUGUCAAAAUCGCAUUUUUUUAACAUAACCAAUUGCUAAAAUUAAUUUUUUCUUACCUUUCUUUUAUCCAACCUUCGAUUCAUCAAAAGCCAUGAAAAGGUGCAUGUGGGUGUCUUAAAAUCGUGGGGAAAAAAAGAACCCAUUUCAAUCUCAGCACCCAAUGGCCCGAAAAAAAUUCGAAGCCAUUGAAGGGAAGAAAGACGGAUUCUUUUUUAAUCCUGAAAUGGGCUUCCAGUGUAAUUUCCAGGAAUGUGGUUUUUCACCCGGCGGCCUAUUCGCAAGUGUCAGUCAGGUGGGUGUUGGGUUUGGCCUUUCGCCAAAUUCUCAGAACUCGAGAGACAACGAUGGGAAGCUUCCAGGCUCUGAUUUGUAUGUGAAGUAUGCGUCGGCGCCUGAAUUUGGCGUCAGGGUUGUGGGAGUUCCCCCCGAGACCGCGAUGGAGGCAGUGGAAGAAAUGGAAUUGAAGAAGGAGAAGAGGGGUGGUCUUAAAAUUAGAGUCAAGAUUGCGAAUCCUUCGUUGAGGAGGUUGAUCAGUGGUGCAAUUGCUGGAGCCGUAUCAAGGACGACGGUUGCACCUUUGGAAACAAUACGGACACAUUUGAUGGUCGGGAGCAAUGGUCACUCGACAACUGAAGUGUUUCAGUCUAUUAUGAAGACUGAGGGGUGGAAGGGAUUGUUCAGGGGCAAUUUGGUCAAUGUAAUUCGAGUUGCACCGAGCAAGGCAGUAGAGUUAUUUGCUUAUGAUACAGUUAAGAAGAACUUGACCCCUAAUCCGGGGGAACAACCCAAGAUCCCUAUCCCACCCUCAUUGGUCGCGGGAGCUUGUGCAGGAGUCAGCUCGACUUUGCUUACCUAUCCCCUCGAGCUACUCAAAACCCGAUUAACCAUACAGAGAGGCGUCUACGACAAUCUUCUACAUGCUUUCCUGAAAAUCGUCCGGGAGGAAGGCCCAACGGAACUGUACAGGGGCCUCACCCCAAGUCUAAUAGGAGUGGUGCCAUACGCCGCCACCAAUUACUUCGCUUACGAUAUGCUGCGGAAAGGUUACAGGAAAGUCUUCAAAGAGGAAGAAAUUGGUAACAUCGCAACACUUCUGAUUGGGUCAGCAGCCGGCGCCUUCUCAAGCAGUGCAACAUUCCCACUUGAAGUGGCCCGCAAACACAUGCAAGUUGGGGCUGUCAGUGGCAGGCAGGUUUACAAGAACAUGCUCCACGCGCUCUUGAGCAUACUCGAACAGGAGGGGCUCCCGGGCCUCUAUAAAGGGCUGGGACCCAGCUGCCUGAAAUUGGUCCCGGCCGCUGGAAUUUCAUUUAUGUGCUAUGAGGCAUGCAAGAGGAUAUUGGUAGAUAAAGAGAAUGAGGCAUAGGUAAACAGUUACCAUUCACAGAAAUAAGUGAGAUAGAUCUGUAGUUAUGUUUACAUCUCUCUUUUGGCACAAUCAAGGAAAGAUUGAGAAAAUGAUAUUUUCUUUCCACGUUACCUUUUUCUUUUUUUAAUUCCUUUUUCUUCCUUUGUCUUUGCAUCGAACUUGAGGCCCAUCCAUACAGGUUGGAUUUUGAAUAGUUGAGAACUUGAAAAGACAGCUGAAAGAAGAAUGCAAUUUUCCUUCUUGAGUUCAA